ACAAAGAAUUGAGUCUUGCUCAUGAAGCAUCGCCACAACGAAGCCAUUAGAAAGUCCUCGGCAGUGGUAAAGUGCGGUUCGUGUUCAUUUCAAUUCGCCAAUCAAAAACGAAACACUAAAUAUUUCUUUUCACGCCGUGAGUAAUUAUCACCGUAAAUACAGCAAUCCACAUCGACAAAUUCACGGAAUUGUAAGGAGCAGUCGGAGCAAGACCAGUCGAUAUCAACCUGAUUCAUCAGCCUGUAAAACCGCGAGUGAGAUAAUUAAUCGAGCCGAGCGAAAAGGAAGAAAUAAGGGAAAAUAAAUAAAUCGUCUUGCCGGUUGUAUUUUCGAAAAGGUGUGCAGUGCCGUUGUGUGCCCAUCGUUGUCCUUCGAUAUCUCGUACAAAAUCUGCAAUAGAUUGUUGCUAAUAAAGAUCAGGAGACGAGCAAGUGUUUCGAGAUAAAUAGGUGUUGGUAACGGAAGGUUAAUUACGACUCGUUCGAGCUGGAGUGGCAACGCUCUAACAACCGCUACGUACAGUGGCGACGCCAUUUUGAGAAUACUGUGGCCAUUUGGAAAGUUGCUGAACGCUACACACCGUGACCCCUGACAGAGUAAAAGGGGGCCAUUUGAGUACUCGAAUAAUAAAAAAAAAGGAAGAAGAAGAAGUAACGAAUCGGCUAUCGAGACGAAUAAAAACCUCGAGUCCCCCUCCCCCAGGAGUGUUACGGUUUUUUUUUUUUAAUCACAUUAAUAAUCAUGAAAUUGGAAAUAAUAUCGGCAGCGGACUUUCUCGUCCAAUUGCUCCGACUACAGGCUGGCCAGCUGUCGGAGCGUCAACUCGAUGAAUUCAAAUCAUCAUUGAGUGAUGUAUUACGUAGACGCUACAGAGAUCACUGGUUUCCAGAUCGUCCAAAUCGUGGAUCUGGUUAUCGUUGUUUACGUAUCAAUGGAAAAAUGGAUCCAGUAAUAGCACUUGCUGGUAGAAAUGUUGGUUUAUUACCAACAGUAUUGCAUACAUUAUUCCCGAGUGAAUUGACAAUGUGGAUUGAUCCAGCUGAGGUGUCGUAUCGCAUCGGUGAGAAUGGUUCCAUAUGUGUUCUCUAUGAGAGAACAGAGCCUGAUCCUGAGGAGAUGACACCCAGGCCAUCGUCAUCGUCAUCAUCUGUUUCGUCAAGUGCUCAUCAUCGAGCUCAGUGUCGUCUCUGUCUGCUGCAUCAUCACCAUCACCAGCCUCACUCGCAGCAGCAGCAGUACGAGAGCUGCAAGGACUCACUCAUAUACGAGCAUACGCAGUUCAAUGAACAAAUAGCUGCAUUCGUAUCGAGUUGAAUUCGCUAAUGGAGAGGACAAAUUCAUCGAAUUAAUUACAAAUUAUGAAAUAUUAUAAACGCCCACAUUGAUCUUCGUGUUUCCUCGUGUUGUUUCGCCAAUCGACCAUUUCAAUUACACUGGAAUGAUACAUGGACCUUUGCUUCAUCAUCUUGGAAGAUUAUCUUUGGAGUUUCGUACUACACUCUUGUUUAUCACGUGAAAUUACUUCAUAUAUCGUUUGCGUCUUUUCUUUUUCUUUCUCUCCAUCAGCGUAUUAUUACUUUAUUGAGUUUACGAGACUUUUAUUUUCGACAAUGGGGGGAUGAGGGAUGGGGAGAAAAACAUGGGGAUCUGUUGCUAUCACCGCCAUGUUGGACGCUCGAUCGUUCGUCAGACCAUCAACUUUCGUACAACAAGUCCGUCCAUCUGACUCCAACCGCCGAUUCUAACGUACGCCAGCAUCAGAGGGGAAAAAAAUGUGAGGAAAAAAGAGAUACUGCGUCACCGGUGGACUCCAACAUUCAAUGGGAAUUAAAUAUGUACUAGCCUCGUGCAAGCUAACUGAUCUCAAUUUUUUUUUUCUAUUAUUAAUCGUUGUAAUUGUAAUUUUAUCGUUUAUUUUCAUUUUUUUUCCCGACAUCUCUUGUCUGAUUAUUUUCUUCAUUUUUAGUUUGUCCGUUUGAGGACUAGUGUGAUGCUAUUUUUCUUUUUAAUGGGAAAAGAAAUGAAGUUGAACGGGAUUUUUUAAUUUCGGAGAAACAAACAACGACGGACAAUCCUUGAUAUCACGGCACAAAACAAUACAUCGAGAUUAAACGCGUCCAGCCCCUGUUUUAUGAUAAUACAGUAACAUCAGCACCGUCAUCAUCUCAAAUCUCUCGAGACCUCGAAAAUACUGAUAAUUUUGUGACCGAGAGAGUUAAAUAUGGAGGAGAGGAGAGAAAAUUUAAUAGUAUGUGUAAAUGUACAUAGACACAUAGCAUUGUAUGUAGAAUUGGAGCGCAGGUACAUGUACGUAUUUGUGAUCUGUUAAUUGUAUAUUACAUCCUUUUUAAAACAGCUGUGAUUUUAUUCGCGAAAUGAAGGGAUUUAAUAGUACGAGAGUGAUGCCUGGGGAAUUUUUCUUUUAAUCAGGACCCAGAGAUUAAAAAGUUUCUUGAUGUUUGAAAAAAAAAAGUUUCUGCUAUCGAGGAACGGAGUUCUCGCAUUUUACAUUAUUAUCUUCAAUCUAGAAAACUUUUUAUUUCGUUAGUCAAGUAGAAAGUGAGAUAAGUCGAAUUUUAAUUUGGUUUGACGUCGGUGGAUCUCAAAAAAUAUUGAUUUUAGGCGGAAGUAUCAAGACCUUUUUUGUUGGAAAUUUAAUUGACUACGAAAAAGUCCUACGAUGUUUCCGUCUUGAAUCUAUGGUUUUGUGGAUAAAUUAUACACGAAAAAUUGUGACUUUAAUUCAUAUCAAUUUGCCACUCCGUUACACUGAGAAGAAAAAAUUACUUUUGCCAAUUAAAUUCACUAAUAACAAUUAAUUUUUACUUAUGUACUUGUGACGCGUAAGCUUAUUUAGCAGGAGUAUUUUUUUUUUGCUGAGUUUUCCCAGGACCAGAAAUUUCUUUUCUAACGAAUACAUUUUUUUUCCAACAUCAAGAAAGUUAAUCUCUCUGAAGUUUUCAUUUAGAAUCCUGUCUGCGAUCGUUUAGGAUUUUUCACACUGAAAUUACAUGAAAGGUACCAUCGACAGUUACUAAUUGACCCAACAAAUGCCACCGAGAUAAUCGUACAAAUGAUAUAUUAUCUUUUAUUUUUUAUUCGCAUUGUUUUUUUUUUCUUUUCUCAGAUCCGAAACGUUUAGGUAGUUUAAGGAUGGAUGAGUGCUGAUCCUUCGUAAACGUGAUAAAGAAACGAAAAGUUGAUGGGAAUGAGUGGAUGCCUUUUGAGGAUGAAUGAAUGUGUGCGAAGAAUGUGCAAAGGGUGAACGAAUGAGUUCGCAGAUUAAAUCGUUACGAUGAGAUGCUUGGGAAUAUUAAACGCGUGAGCAAAAUUAUUUCAAGGUGAUACCAAGGGGACGGAUUUCAAUUAUCGUCGUGUCUGACGCUUUUUGGGGGAAGGCUCUGUGUACGUAGCAAUUAGUGUUAAACACAUCUGUGAUUAUCGUAAACGGUGAAAUGAGUAAAAUGAAUUCAUGUAAGACAAUAUUUGUUGGUAUUGGUUGACAAUUUAUACUGAAUGCGUCCUUCUGAGGGGUUUAUUACCGACCAAAAUAAUUCCUAUUAGAUCAUUCCAACGAGUAUUGAAUCGAUAUCAAAGAAUAUAUUUGCUGUCUUUAUUUUUUUAUUUCAUUUCUUUCAUUGGCUUUCAAUUAAAAUUGUCAAUCGAGGAGCAGAGGGAAGGAGCAACAAUAAGGAAUUAUUACAUACGUACAAUUGUCUUAGUACUUUCAAUUGAUAUUGAAUUCUUGCAUAAUCUCUUUUGAUUUAGUAUUCGGUGGAAUGACCUACCCAUACGUAAAAGAUGUAAAAGGAUGAUUCAUUGUACAUUCGCCCCAUUUUAGUUGUAUUAUUACGUGCCCAUACGAAAUCAUGGCUAAACUGGUACCUCCUGAUGAUUCUUAUUUUAAUUUUCAUUCAUCAAUGUUUCCAUUUCUUCCCCAUACACUUGCAUUCAUUCAGGUUCAGUUUACGCAAUAUUUUAAACUUGUAAAUUGCUGAUAAAUUUAACAGAAAACAAAUCAUAAUUGAAUGCUGAAAUUUUUUACAUUUUAAUAAUUUCUCUCUCAUUUUUGUAUAAAUUCACAAUUACUGUACAGUGAAAAGAAACAACUUUAUAUAUAUAUAUUAUAUUUUAGAUAUAAUCAGAACAGUCUAUGAAACAAAAAUAAUGUUAUCAGCAUUUAAUUGGAAUUUGCGUGCAAAUAAAGCGUCUGCGAUAAUAACUAAUUCCACGUACUCAAUUGUAAUUAAAAUAUAUACACUCUUCAGCAGAACUUGUAAUUAUGCAUAGAGUCCUUCAGGAAGAAUUUGUACAAAAAAAAAUAAUGAGAAAAUGAAAAAAAUAACCGCUGGAGACUUCGUUUCCAGCAAGUCUGUGAUUUUAGCUUGGUUAAUUCAGUAUUUUUUUAAAUAAAAAAGAAAAAAGAAAAUUACAAAAAAAUAUAUGAAAGUGGUAAUUUACAAGAUGGAAAGAAUCGAAACGAAUAUAUAAUCAUGAAUUGCGAACGAAAUGCGAAAGAGUGAGUGAGUGAAAUGAGAGAAUAUACAUUCGAGUGGAUUGUACGAGUGUGAAUUAUAAAUGAACAGUGGAGUAAUGAGGAUAAUGCAGUACUUGACGGGGGAUUUGAAUUUGACGUGGGGAAAUAUUAUGGGAGAGCAGGUGCGUGAAUUUUUUCAAUUGAACAAGGAGCAAGUCGUCGUUACAAUUAAUGUCAAGUAUUGGGGGUUUUCGAAAGGCUAUUUUGAGGCAACACGAAUUUAUUCAGAAGUGAAGAUCGAGAUCUCGAGUCAAUUCUUGAUAAUUUUGGAGUUAUCUCGGUAACUUGAAGCUGCAGGAGAAAAUGCCAGAAGUUUUUUUUUUUAGAAAAUCUCUUUUUCUAUAAAACAUAUCUCUGACAUUUCUUUCUAAAAAUCACUUGUUGCGGAGAUAGCUCUGUUUUUAACAAGAUGUGAGCAAUAAAAUUGUUGGAUAUCACUUGUUUUUUUUAUGUGGAUUUAUUUCGAGAAUGUCUCAUUGUCGAGGUAAUUCUGUAUUUGAAAAAAAGGAUGACUUCUUGUUUCACCACUGAAUGAAAAAAGUCAAAAAUCUCAGUUAUACAAUUGAUGAAUUUUGAAAUAAUGAGCCGUGAUUUAAGAGUUUUCUAAUUUCGUAAUCGGGUAAUCAAUACAUUUUUUGCAUUGUAAUCAAUGAAAUUUCUCCAAUGAUUCAAGUUUAUUUUCCACCGGUUUCAAUUGAAAUGCUCCCACACAAAAUCGUAGGCAGUACUACCUUUCCUUUAGAAUCAGUCUGAGUUGAGAACGAGAUGUAUAAAUAAUAAUGCGAGAGUCUGAAAAAAAAAUCCUCAAUAAUGAAAAUAAUCAAUUUUUCACAAGAUAAAAUGUUGAAAAUCUGUUGUUCGUUCUGUAAGUUGAACAAUUGAUACAUCCGCAGAGAGUUAAACAUUUCCGUUGCAUUUAAAUGAAGUGAGUAUCUUCAGUCCUAUUCGAUAAUGCUGAAAGAGAAAAAUCUAGGCAACCCUAAAAUUUGUUGCACUAGAAAAGGUAUUU